CACACAACAGCAUGAUCCCCAAAAUCAUUAAUCUGUGAAAACAACCACAUUCAUUGAAAAAAACGAGAUCAUGGAGACAAAAUUACAGAGGUCGACGACGUCGUUCCGGAGGCAAGGUUCGUCCGGGUUAACAUGGAACGACAAGUUUCUAUCAGGGGACCUGGACCUAAUGAAGCGUAACGCUCAAAGAAAUCGAGGAACGGACACUAUGAUGAGACGCAGCGGGUCCGACGGAGGCAAUGCACAUAUGCAACGGAUGGUGGAGGCGGCAUCGACCGUCAUCGAUCCGCCUUCUCCCGAGGUUUCCGGCUGUGGCUUCUGUGGCCUUGGCAAACCGCCCAAGAAAAGCACUUUCAACAAACGUAAGCCUUCAUCAUAUGUAAAUGAAAUAUGA